UCGUGCUGCCUGCUUAAUAUUUUGUUGCAUUCGUCAUUUGUGUGUCGUGUGUGAUGGUUGUGUUUUAGAACACCUCCAGAGAGUCUAAAAGUUUCAAAAGUUAAAUUUUAGUUCAAUUUGGCAAUUAGGGUAAUAGUAAAAUGACGACUACAGAGACAGUUAUGGAACUCACAAGAGAAGAAAACGGCAAAUUGACUGUGCCUGAAAAAUUGAAAAAAGAUUUUGAUUGGUUUAAAGUUAUUUUAUUCUUGCAUCUAAAUGUUUUAUCAUUGUUAUCGUUGUAUUUAUGCACGCUGGCAAUGAUUAGAACUGUUUUAUUCUUACUAGUGGUAUCAUUUGUGGGACUUCUUGGUGUUACUGCCGGAGCGCACCGAUUAUGGGCCCACAGAUCAUACAAAGCCUCCAAAGGAUUGAGAAUAUUUCUUAUGUUGUGCCAAACUUUAGCAGGACAAGGCAGUAUCUACACUUGGGUUUUAAAACAUCGAAUUCAUCAUCGUUAUUAUGGCACAAAUUUUGAUCCCUACAAUCACAAACGUGGUUUCAUCUACGCUCACUUUCUUCAGUUUUUGGAAAAACCACAUCAGUAUCAAGAUCUCUUAGAAUCCGAAAUUGACAUGUCAGAUAUGGAAGAAGAUGAAGUUGUUAUGUUCCAACACAAAUAUUACUACGUAUUCUACGCUAUUCUUUUUAUUCUACUGCCGAUGAACGCCCCCGCUGAGUACUGGGGUGAAGACGUCGUCCUUUCAAUUAUGAUUAUGGGUUGGCUGAGACAGUAUAUUGUCCUAAACCUUGCUUGGUUGGUGCAUAGCGCAGUUCUCAUUUGGGGCCUUCAACCUAACGAACGCUAUCCAUGUGAUACCAAUAUGGUAUUUUUCGUGAAUAAAACUUUCUGGAUUCCUUACCAUUACAUGGCCCCUUGGGAUUAUCUUACCGGCGAAUUUGGCAAAUAUGCAACUGAUUUUACUAGUAAUUUUAUCAGGGCCUGUGCCGCUGUAGGCUAUGCUUCUGAACUGAAAACUGUAGACAGUGAUCACAUUAAGGAAGCUAUUUACAAGGCUGCUAUUGGAGAGAAGUCGUUAGCCCAGUGUUUGAAUGAUCUGGAGCAUUUAAGCAUCGAGAAGGAAUUGUAUUUGAAACCUUGUAAUGUCAUGAUGUAAUUAUUUUAUAACAGAAAAAGUAAUUUAUUGGUGUGAAAUAUAUUGCAGUUGCUUGUUU